CGUGUCGGCGUCACCUGUGAAUACCAAUCAGCCGCUCUUCAGUGACGUGUUGCACUGAAUUUCUAAAUUAAAUAUCUUAAAUAUUGUGUUAAGUGCGGCAAUAUGUCUCAAUUUGGUAGACCCAAUGAAUUUUACGCUUCCGGUGCGUCAGCCGAAACUAGCUACAACUUUGAUAUGCCCGAAUUUGGCCAAGAACUCAACUUCCAAAGCUUUGACAACACACAGCCGUCGGUGCCGCCGAAUUACGAUGCCGCCUACAGUAAUGCGCCAAAUCAAGGUCUUGGCGGCUUCUACGAUCCGACCGCAUACACAGACAACAGUUAUGCGCCGGACCAGACCUUUAAGCAGGGCGGCGCUGCUGGUGGCGCCGCUGGUAACGAGUUUGAGGAUGAGCCACCAUUGCUGGAGGAGCUGGGCAUCAAUCCAAAUCACAUUUUCCAAAAGACACUGGCCGUGCUUAAUCCGUUUCGGGGCACGGAACAACAAAUACUUCAGGACACGGAUAUGGCUGGACCGUUGGUGUUUUGUCUCACACUUGGAGGCAUCCUGCUGCUGAGUGGAAAAGUUACAUUCUCGUACAUUUACGGCAUUGGCGUGAUGGGCUGCAUUUUCUUCUACUGUCUGCUCUCGCUAAUGGUGACACGCUCGCAAGUGACCUUUGGCGCGGUGGCCUCUGUGCUGGGCUAUUGUCUGCUGCCCAUGGUCCUACUCUCUGGCAUCAACAUUUUAAUCACCAUUCAGGGCACACUCGGCCUAAUUGUGAGCGGCAUCUCCAUACUCUGGUGCGCCAUAUCAGCUUCGAAACUAUUCGCCACGGCAUUCUCCAUGGACCAUCAACAGCUGCUGAUUGCCUAUCCAUGUGCGGUGCUCUAUGGAGGAUUUGCGUUGAUUACCAUUUACUAGGCAGCCCCAAGGCAACCACGUUGCUAUCCGUGUGUCUGUCCUUGCUGUUUGUGACUAUGUCUGUGUUGUGUGGCUGUGUCUCUGCCGUAUCUGUAGCUUUGCAUGGUUUUAAUUGUCCUGCACACACACACACACACACAUAUAUAUAUAUUUAUAUACACACGUACACAUAAGGACAUAUGGACAUGAUAAUAUUUUAAGAAAACAAGCGCCGAUUGCAGAUUUGUUUUUCACCUCCCAUGUGUAAUAAAUUUGAUUGAAAAAAAAACAACAAAAAUUUUUAACAAAUUGAAAAUUGGAUUUUUUACGAUGCUGCCAUAAUCGUUGAAAGAGCGAAAAUAUUUUUUAUAUAGUUUCACGUGGCCGAUUCGCAUUAUUAUCCUUGGUGAGAGGAUUUAAAAAAAUUUGUUGAAAAAGUAUGAUACAUUUAAUAAGGAAACACUUUUAAAAUGGUUUUGCAAAUACCUUGAAGUACCAAACAAUAGAUGAUGGGUAUAACAAUAAUAUUAAGAAUAUCUUAUGCCUUUUUAAGCUCCUAAUAAUAAAGUUUUUAAUAAAAGAAU